AUGUCUGCUCCUCCUGCCCUGCACCCCCUCCUCGCCCCCUCCUCUGCCCGCCCUCCUCCGCUCCCGCCCUCCCCGCCCGCCCACUCCGGCCUCGCGGGUGAUGCCGGACACACGGAACCACCGGCCAUUUUCGUGUUUUGGGCGCCGCCGGCCGCCCGCGCCCUUCCGGAGGCCGCGGGACUCCCCGGCCGGAAGGAGUCGCGGGCGUCGGAGCGAUUGGGCGGCGAGGCGAGGCCCGGGGGCGCUCCUCUGCCCCGGGAUGAUCCCCUGAUGAAGGCGAUGUGUCAUCCGAGGCCAGCCCCCCCUCUCAGCCCCCUCCCCCCGUCGCCCCUGCCCCCCAGGCGAUCCCAGGCCCCUCCCCGCGCCCCUGGUCACGUGACCCCGGCGCGGACCAACCACAGGGCGGCGCGGCGGCUCGGGCAUUCAAACACAUCUCUAUCACGCCGUCCCGCCCUGCCCCGCGCCGGGCAUCUCGCAGUCCGCUCCCCGCGCCCUUCGCCCGCACGCCCGCACGCCCGCGCCGCCACAGAUGCGCUCGCCGCCGCCCCUCGCGCUCUCGUGUCGGGCGCCUUAGGCUCUGACGAGAGUGGCCAGUCUAUGGUCUCUCUGGAGCUAGUGACAUCCUAG